CUUGCCCUCACUGCUCUCUGUUUUAUUCUCAUCGAGUAGUGUGAGUGCGGUUCCACCGAGAGAGCGGUGCAAUGAUAAAAGCCGCAUAUGCGGUAGGCUGCUACACACCUAUCAGGCAGGAAAAUACCCACGAAACAGCCUCACCCCGGUUCUCUUCGCACCACAGCCUUAUCCACGACUCAGAGCGGAACCUGAAGUGCCAGUAGAACCAUGUCCAAGCCAACGGGGGGCGGUGUCAACGAUGUCACCCGCUUAUUGAUAUCAGGGGCGGCACAGCCAGGGUCUCCCACCUCCAACUCUAUGUUCUCCGCCGCCAGCCAGGCCGACUGGGCGGCUAAGAGGCUAGUAUGGGUGCCGUCAGAGAAGCAUGGCUUUGAGUCGGCCAGUAUUCGGGAGGAGCGUGGUGAUGAGGUGGAGGUUGAGCUAACAGACAGCCAGAGGAAGGUGACUCUGUCCAGGGAGGAGGUGCAGCGGAUGAACCCCCCGCGCUUCAGCAAAGUGGAGGACAUGGCCGACCUCACCUGUCUCAACGAAGCCUCGGUGCUGCACAACCUGAGAGAGAGAUACUACUCUGGCUUGAUCUAUACCUAUUCAGGGCUGUUCUGUGUGGUGGUGAACCCUUAUAAGAACCUGCCCAUCUACACAGAGUCCAUCGUGGAGAUGUAUCGGGGCAAAAAACGCCACGAGAUGCCCCCACACAUCUACGCCAUAUCAGAGGCCGCCUAUCGCAGCAUGCUACAAGACAGAGAAGAUCAGGCAAUCCUCUGCACAGGGGAGUCUGGAGCUGGGAAAACGGAGAACACUAAGAAAGUCAUCCAGUAUUUGGCUCACGUUGCCUCUUCCCAUAAGGGCGGCACUCUGGGUAGGAACAAGGAAGCUGUGCAGAUGGACGGCUCUCGGUCCUUAACAAGAGGCAGUACUUUGGUGAACAGGAGUAUGCAAUAUGGCGAGCUGGAGAGACAGCUGCUGCAGGCCAACCCCAUACUGGAGGCCUUCGGCAACGCAAAGACUGUCAAGAACGAUAACUCCUCUAGAUUUGGUAAAUUCAUCCGCAUCAAUUUUGAUGUGGGGGGGUACAUUGUUGGUGCCAACAUCGAGACCUACCUCCUUGAAAAGUCCCGGGCCACCCGUCAGGCCAAAGACGAGAGGACGUUCCACAUCUUUUACCAGUUGUUGUGUGGCACUUCAGACGAGACAAAAGCGGACCUGCUCUUAGGAACUGCUGAUGAGUACCGCUUUCUCAGUGGAGGCUCCAUCCCUGUUCCUGGUCAGAGCGAUUCAGAGAACUUCACCCAGACCAUGGACUCCAUGGCUAUAAUGGGCUUCACCCCAGAGGAGUCAAUGUCCAUGCUUAAGUUGAUCUCUGCUGUGCUCCAGUUUGGGAACAUCUCCUUCAUGAAGGAGAAGAACCAGGACCAGGCCUCGAUGCCAGAUAACACAGCUGCUCAGAAACUGUGCCAUCUGCUGGGCGUCAACGUGCUGGAGUUCACACGGGCCAUCCUCACUCCCAGAAUCAAAGUGGGUCGAGAGUAUGUGCAGAAGGCCCAGACGAAAGAGCAGGCUGACUUUGCUGUAGAGGCCUUGGCGAAGGCCACAUAUGAGCGUCUGUUCAGAUGGCUGGUCCACAGGAUCAACAGGGCUCUGGACCGCAGACAGAGACAAGGAGCUUCCUUCAUAGGCAUUCUUGAUAUUGCUGGAUUUGAGAUCUUCCAGCUCAACUCCUUUGAGCAGCUGUGUAUCAACUACACCAACGAGAAGCUGCAGCAGCUCUUCAACCACACCAUGUUCAUCUUGGAGCAGGAGGAGUACCAGCGCGAGGGCAUUGAAUGGAACUUCAUCGACUUUGGCCUUGACUUACAGCCCUGCAUUGACCUCAUCGAGAGACCAGCCCACCCGCCUGGUGUUCUCGCCCUGCUAGAUGAAGAGUGCUGGUUCCCGCGGGCGACAGAUCGCUCAUUUGUGGAGAAGCUGUCUACUGAGCAAGGCAGCCAUCCAAAAUUCUUCAAACCAAAGCAACCACGUGGAGAAGCUGACUUCUCCAUCAUUCACUAUGCUGGCAAGGUGGACUACAAGGCACAUGAUUGGUUAGUGAAGAACAUGGAUCCUCUGAACGACAAUGUGGCGUCUCUUCUCCACCAGUCGUCUGAUCAUUUUGUCUCAGAGCUUUGGAAGGAGGAUAUUCAAACUCUUCCUCGUGUAUACUUCUUUGACUCCUAUGCCACACUACAGGCUAAUGUGGACAGGAUUGUGGGUCUGGACCAGGUGUCUUCAGGAGAGAACAGCGGGCCGGUCACGUUCGGAGCAGCAGGGCUGAAGACAAAGAAGGGAAUGUUCAGGACUGUUGGUCAGCUUUACAAGGAGUCGCUCACGAAGCUGAUGGCCACGCUGAGGAACACAAACCCCAACUUCCUCCGCUGUAUCAUCCCCAACCACGAGAAGAAGGCCGGUAAGCUGUCCCCCAACCUGGUUUUGGACCAACUGAGGUGUAAUGGAGUUCUGGAGGGCAUCCGUAUCUGCAGACAAGGCUUCCCUAACCGCAUCCCGUUCCAGGAGUUUAGACAGAGAUAUGAGAUCCUGACUCCGAAUGCUAUUCCUCGCACCUUUAUGGACGGCAAACAGGCAUCAGAACUCAUGAUUAGAGCUUUGGAACUGGAUCACAACCUGUUCAGGGUGGGUCAGAGUAAAGUCUUCUUCAGAGCCGGAGUCCUGGGUCACCUGGAAGAAGAAAGAGACCUAAAGAUCACGGACACCAUCAUACGCUUUCAGAGCGCCUCCAGAGGCUACCUUGCACGCAAAUCCUUCCUGAAGAAGCAGCAACAGCUGAGUGCUCUGAGAGUGAUGCAGAGGAACUGUGCUGCUUACCUCAAACUCAGGAACUGGCAGUGGUGGCGGCUGUUCACCAAGGUGAAGCCCCUGCUGCAGGUUACCCGGCAGGACGAGGAGAUCCAGGUAAGGGAAACCGAGCUCCAGAAGGCCAAGGACAAUCUCACUCGAGUGGAGCAGGACUACACAGAGCUGGACAAGAAACAUGCUCAGCUGAUCGAGGAGAAGGCCGUGCUGGCUGACCAGCUGCAAGCAGAGGCGGAGCUGUUUGCCGAGGCAGAGGAGAUGAGGGCCCGGUUGGCCAGUCGGAAACAGGAGCUGGAGGAGGUGCUGGGCGAGCUGGAGAGUCGAUUGGAGGAAGAGGAGGAGAGAGGCGUGCAGCUGACCAAUGAGAAGAAGAGGAUGCAGCAGAAUAUUCAGGACCUGGAGGAGCAGUUAGAGGAGGAGGAAAGUGCCCGACAGCGCCUCCUGCUGGAGAAGGUUACCUUGGAGACCAAAGUGAAGAGUCUGGAAGCCGACUUGCUGAAUGCAGUGGAGCAGAGAGACCGACUCAGCAAGGAGAAGAAACAGCUGGAGGAGCGUCUGGCCGAGGUAACCGAUCAGCUCACUGAGGAAGAGGAGAAAACCAAAAGUCUAAACAAACUCAAGAACAAACAGGAGGCUGUCAUCGCUGACCUAGAGGAGCGCUUGAAGCGUGAGGAGCAGGGGCGCUUGGAGCAGGAGAAGUGGCGGAGGAGGAUGGAGAAUGACUCGUUGGAGGCCCAGGAGCAGCUGUCGGACCUGGGCAUGCUGUCCGCCGAGCUGAGGGGCAGUCUGGCUCAGAAGGAGAAGGAAAUCACCACCCUGCAGGGCCGGUUGGAGGAAGAAGGAGCGCGUCGUGCGGAGGCUCAGAGGGCGCUAAGGGAGGCCAUGUCCCAGGUGUCUGAGCUGAAGGAGGAAGUGGAGAAUGAACGAGGGAUGAGGGAAAGGGCGGAGAAACAGAGGCGAGACCUGGGGGAGGAGCUGGAGGCUUUGAGAACUGAGCUGGAGGACACUCUGGACACCACAGCUGCCCAGCAGGAGCUAAGGUCUCGCCGGGAGGCGGAGUUAAAUGAUCUCCAGCGGUGUGUUGAAGAGGAGACUCGCCGCCACGAGGCCCAGCUAUCAGAAGUCCGAGUCAAACACAGCGCUGCCAUAGACAGCCUCCAGGAACAGCUGGACAAUAGCAAGAGAGCACGUCAGUCCCUGGAGAAGGCCAAAGCCAUGCUGGAGGAGGAGAGGCAGAAUUUGAGCUCAGAGCUCAAGAGCCUCCAAGCGAGCCGCACGGAGAGCGAGAGAGGCCGCAAGAGGGCCGAGGGUCAGCUGCAGGAGCUCGGCGCCCGCCUGGCUCAGGCUGACAGAGAGAGGGAGGAGAAGGAAGAGCGAAUGCACAAGCUACAGUGCGAGAUUGAGUCUCUCUCCGGCAAUUUGUCCUCCUCUGACAUCAAAACACUUCGUCUCACUAAAGAGGUCAGCAGCCUGGAGAGCCAGCUGCAUGAUGCCAAGGAACUGCUGCAGGAUGAAACUCGUCAAAAGAUGGCUCUGGGCUCGAGGGUGCGAGCGCUGGAGGAGGAGAAGAACGGACUGAUGGAAAGACUUGAGGAGGAGGAGGAGAGAGCCAAAGAGUUGACCCGGCAGAUUCAGACUCAUACCCAGCAGCUAGCAGAGCUUCGCAAGCAGUCAGAGGAGGUGAACACUGCGGUGGAAGCCGGAGACGAGACACGCCGGAAACUCCAGAGAGAGCUGGACAGCGUCAUCCAGAGGGAGCGACAGAAGGAGGAGGAGAAGGAGCGGGUGGAGAGGCAGAGGGAGCGACUAAGGGAGGAGAUAGAGGACAUGACACUUGCCCUGCAGAGAGAGAGACAGAACUGCACGGCCCUGGAGAAGAGGCAGAAAAAGUUUGACCAGUGUCUGGCCGAGGAAAAGGCGGUGAGCGCUAGGCUGGCAGAGGAAAGGGACAGAGCAGAAGCAGACAGCCGAGAAAAGGACACAAGAUAUCUGGCGCUUUCCCGAGCCCUGCAGGAGGCCCAGGACCAGAGGGAAGAGCUAGAGAGGUCCAACAAGCAGCUCCGUCUGGAAAUGGAGCAGCUUGUAAACCAGCAGGACGACGUCGGCAAAAACGUCCAUGAGCUGGAGCGCACUCGCAGGAGCUUAGAAACGGAAGCCCAGAACCUGCGAGUUCAGACGCAGGAGCUGGAGGAGGAGCUGAACGAGGCGGAGAACUCAAGGCUGAGGCUGGAGGUCACUCUGCAGGCGCUCAAGGCUCAAUUUGAGAGGGAGAUAAGCAGCAACGAGGAGAAAGGAGAGGAGAAGAGGAGGGCGCUCAGCAAGCAGGUGAGGGAGUUGGAGAUCCAGCUGGAGGAGGAGCGGAGUCAGCGGUCUCAGGCUGUGUCGACCAAAAAGCAGCUGGAAGCAGAACUGCAGGAAGCCGAGACCCAGGUGGAGACAGCCGGCCGCGGAAAAGAGGAGACUCUGAAGCAGCUACGGAGGCUGCAGGGUCAAAUGAAGGAAGUUCUGCGUGAGCUGGAUGAGAGCAAGUUGGCUCGGGAAGAGGUGGUCGCACAGUCGAAAGACAGCGAAAAGAAGAUCCAAUCUCUGGAAGCAGAAGUCCUUCAGUUAACUGAAGAGCUUUCAGUAUCAGAGAGGCAGAGGAGACAGGCUCAGCAGGAGAGAGAUGAGAUGGCCGAUGAGAUGGUCAACAGCAGCUCUGGAAAGACCGCACUGUUUGAAGAGAAGCGGAGGUUAGAAGCGCGAGUCAGUCAGCUGGAGGAGGAGCUGGAGGAGGAGCAGAGUAACUCUGAACUGCUGGCGGAGAGACAAAGAAAGACUGCUCUACAGGUGGAGACUCUAACCGUGCAGCUGCAGGGAGAGAGGACUUUGACCCAGAAGGCAGAGGUGGCUCGGGAGCAGCUGGAGAGGCAGAACAAGGAGCUGAAGACCCGACUGGGGGAGAUGGAGGGAGCAGUAAGGGGCAAGCACAGGCUCAGCGUCGCCGCCCUGGAGGCCAAGAUCGAUUCGAUGGAGGAGCAGCUGGAACAGGAGAGACAGGAACGAGCCAUUGCCAACAAACUGAUGCGAAAGACAGAGAAGAAACUGAAGGAGGUGAUGAUGCAGGCAGACGACGAGAGAAGACACGCAGACCAGUACAGAGAACAGCUGGAUAAAUCCAUGGUCCGAUUGAAGCAGUUGAAGAGGCAGCUGGAGGAGGUGGAGGAGGACAACUCUCGCUCCAACGCCCAGAAGAGGAAGCUGCAGAGAGAGCUGGAGGAGAUCUCCGACAGCAGCCAGAGCAUGACACGAGAGAUCACCGCUCUCCGCAGCCAGCUCAGCAUUCCUGAAUGGAGACCAGAUCAGCGUGCUCCGUUGCCCCUGGCAUUGCGUGGACGUAGAGCGCUGGUUGACGACCUCUCGUUGGAGAACUCAGACUCUGAGGAGCCCCCUGCCUCGCCGACCCCCUCCUCUGGACUCCCAGGGACCCCGACUCCCUCCUCUGAACAUAGCCUGGACCCUCCGCCGCCCUACAGCGUCAACAAUACAGAGUGACGCAGACAUAGACUCAGUUACACACACACACACACACACACACACACACACACACACACACACACACACACACACACACACAUACAUACACACACACACACACAUCAGCCACUCACAGCCUCAACUGCUCAGAGGUGAAAGAGUGACAUGCACACAGCACAUGACAACACUGUACUUUAUAAAAGUAAAAAUUUCAACUGGAAUUCAUUUUUAUUUUGUAACAAACUGUGACAUAAAAAAACGACAUAACAAAGACUGGAAAUUUCUACAUUACAUCUCUGUAAUGCACUUCUGAAAAACUGAAUGACAUUUCCCAGAGUUCCGAGGGGAAAUUGAAUUAUUAUCAACUAAUUUCACGAAGGUGUACAGUAAUUAGAGGGCAGGAAACGUUAUGGUGGUCACGUCUUUUACAAUAGGAGGUAUUUAAAAACUAAGCCAUGUUGUGAACCCUUUGCUGAGUAUUAUAUAUAUAUAAUCUGAUUUCAUAAAGGGCUGCUGGAGGAAAAUACUUCUGAAAGGUGUUGAGACAAUCUAUAUACAUGUAACAUAAGGCAGUCAACAAGAAAAGUACAAUGCACACAUUAAAUAAUGUGAUUUCACAUGUCUGCUUAAAAAAAACAUUAAAUAAGAAACUUUGAAUAAUCUGGAAAACAUAAAGGGGGGAAAAAAC